UCAUGUGACUUUCGAUCUGACGUAAAUUGUUUUUCAUGUCGUGACACCCCACCGAGGUUUUCGACAAUUCCAAAGGUCGUGCGUUGGGGUACAACUUCACCGAAAAAUCAUGAAACUGGUUGUUGCCAACAAAAAGUUGGGAUCCAAGCUUGUCUACUCUGUUUAUCCACUGCUAGCGAAAAUCAAUCGUGUAUAUAAUAUGACUGAAUUUCUUAAUUAUAAAGUCAAUCUUACUUUAAAGGAUGGAACAAAAUCAACUGGAAUUAUAACUCAUGUUGAUCCCCAGCAAAUCAUCUUAAACAAUGCAUCCCAAUCCAUCAGUCCUGAUCAACUUCUAUCAAAUUAUUCGGUUAAGAAUACCGAUAUUCUCGAUUUAAAAGUUGUUCAAUUACCACCAAAUUUCAAGAAAAAAAAUAAACAACAGCACCAACCCCCAGUGUCUGCUGGAGGUAGUGUAUCUGUCAAUAGCACCCCUCGAGGCAAAUCUCCAGAUUGGGAUUCCAAUGAACUUGAUGAUGUUAAAGCCACAGGGGCUGAUUUUGAUUUUGAAGCUAAUUUAGCUAUGUUUGAUAAGAAAUCUGUGUUUGCGGAUUUUCAAAAAAUGGAUCAUGUUCGUCCUCAUGACAGACUUGUGGGCCAUAAUAAAUUAGAGAAUGUUAAUAAGCAAAAGAAGAAAGAAAAGUACGACAAUAACGAAAUGGUUCUUGAUCGUAAUAGAAGUGACAAUUGGGAUUUAAUAGGUAGUCAUUCAACUACAAAUACCAACACGCCUGUCAUUGGUAAAGAUCAUACUUCUGGUGUUGCAGCACAAUCGAAAUUCGUUAAUUCAAGCAAUGGUACGGUGCUUCCAUUGGCAACCCCGGUCCAAUUGUUAGAAAUUGAACGAUUAUCAGUGGAAUAUGGCAUCUCAGCAAACAUAAUGGCUGAAAUUUGUGGUACUAACCUAAGCCAAUUGAUCAUAAAUAAAAUACUUGGUGGGGAAACCAGAUUAAACAAAUUGAAUCAUAAUCUACCACCAUUGGUGUUAUUACUUAUUGGUAGUAGUAGAUGUGGUAGUCGUGCAUUGGCUACUGGUCGUCAUUUAACCAACCAUGGUGUAAGAGUAUUGGCAUUCAUGAUCAACUCGCCAUCACAAGAACAAGACGAACAAGAUGAAGACCGCGACCAUCUUAACUUGCAGCUUAGAUUGUUUGAAUCUAACGGUGGUAAACUUGUUGUCAAUAAUUUCAACGAAUUGUUAGACAUCAUUACAAACCAAUUAGACACGCCAGUCGAACUUAUCAUAGAUGCGCUCCAAGGUUAUGAUGAUCAUCUUGAAGACAUAUACUACGAACAAAAAGAUCAAAUAGUGUUACGACAAUUGAUCAACUGGGUCAAUGAACCCCAUCAACAUUCAAGAUUGAUGUCUAUGGAAAUCCCAAGUGGUAUCGAUGGAGGUUCAGGUAUUCCUAGUGAUGAAACUUUGGUAGUCAAGAGUAAAUGGUGUAUAUCCAUGGGAUUCCCAAUUUCUGGUUUGAUUUUAGCAUACAAGAAUAAUCAAUUGGAAGUAGAAGAAGUGGGACAUUACUUGUUAGAUAUUGGUAUUCCAAACAAGGUUUAUAGCACCAAGACAAACUUGAGAAAGUUCGAUAAGUUUUGGUACGACAAUGCCCAAUCGGUUAUUAAAAUGGAAGUUUCAAAAUAGAUUGAAUAGUUAAUGAAAAACAUGUAAUUAUAGUUG